AUCUCGUACCUUUACACCGGCUUCGGUAUUUUGCGAGACCAAGAGCGAGGGGCGUCUGGGAAAGUGCUUUUCUUUGAGGACGACCGGCACUGAGGAAGCAUGGCCUUGCACGCGAGAGUCACCAACUUGGCCAAGCAGUGCACGGCGCAGUGCAAGAGGAACUAUGGUGUCAGCGCCGUUCUAAUGCAAAAGUCCCUAGACCCUAUUCAGCAGCUGUUCGUGGACAAGAUCCGCGAGUACGCACAAAAGAGCAAAUCCAAGAGCGAGCUGUUUCUUGAUGCUGAUGCCUCCAUCACCAAGGAGUACAAUGAUGAAUUGCUGAAAACAGCACACCAGUAUGGUGGUGGCAAGACUGCCGACAUGACAAGUUUUCCAAAGUUUGAGUUUCAAGAUCCUACAUUGGACCCCAUCAACAUGGAGCAAAAGAAGUGAUGUAAAGAAAGCAGCAAUACCUUGUUAGAAUAAAAAGUAAUUAAAACAGGUGCAUUUAUUUGUA